CCCUCCGCGUAGGCUUCCACGCCCAUCUCCCCAUCCGUUUCCUGCCUCCUCCCCUGUCCUAUCUCUCUUCGCCAAGAAAAGCUUCCUACGUCCUGCUCGUCUUCUGCGUGGAGUGUUGGGCAUGGCCGUCCAGGCGCAAAUACACGCCUUCCCUCACGACCUCCACGCCUACAGCUACAGGGCUCUGGAGGAUGGUCCGACGACGGGCGAUGGCUCCCUGUUCUUGGGCGAGCAAGUCGGGCGCGCCCCGGUGGUGGCGGGCAUCGUGAACACGGUGUUAAUUAGCGGCUUCCCGCUCAACGACACAACCUGCAACGACGACGGGUCUGCGCGGAGGAAGCGGGCGCGCAUCGUUGCGGUCGGGGCGCCUUCUUUCGUGGAUAAUCAGCGCGCGCCGGCACUUGUUCCCGCCGGCGGCGACGUGCUGAUGAACAGGGCGUCGGGGUCCGGCGCGGCGUCCACCAGCGGGGCCAUGGCUAAUGAUGCCGUGGGAGGCCUCUCGCAGGGCCUGUUCACGCAGCUGUACCAUCAGGGCGUUGAGAUCGACGCGGCCGUACGUGUCGAGGCCGAGCGGAUGCGCGCGGGGCUGGAGGUGGCGCGGCGGCGGCAGAUCCGGGCGCUGGUGUCAGUGGUAGAGCGUGCCGCGGCGGGGCGGCUUCGGGCCGCGGAAGCCGCGCUGGAGCUCGCGCGCUGCCGCAACGCGAAGCUCUCGGAGCGGCUGCGGCAGGUCAGCGCGGAGGGGCAGGCGUGGAUCGGCGUCGCCAAGAGCCACGAGGCCGUCGCGGCCGGGCUCCGGGGCGCCCUCGACCAGCUCCUGCAGCAAUCCCCAGCAGCUUGCGCCGUAGAGGGCGACGCCGAGGACGCGCGGUCCUGCUGUUUCGAGACCCCCAACGCGGGAGACGACGAUGCUGCCGGGAUGAUGUCCAAGGCAUCGGCGUCGGCGUGCAAGGCUUGCGGCGAGGGCGAGUCGUGCGUGCUGCUUAUGCCGUGCAGGCACCUGUGCAUGUGCCUCGCGUGCGACGCCGCCGUGGACACCUGCCCCGUGUGCGCAGCCACCAAGAACGGAUCGUUACAUGUCCUGCUCUCCUGACACCUGCACGUGUGGUGUGGACAUCCGCCGCGUUGUUCUUGCUGCGCCGUCGUGCCGGAACACAUGGAAACAUAACCAAGUCACAGUUGAUUCGGUUCGCCCUGGGCAGAAGGAAUGGCUAUUUCGCAACCGCAUCAAUGUUCGAUUUGCAUCAGGUGUGGAUGUGGUGUAACCUCAGGGCAAAGAAGCUCUGUCUAGAUGGCGCAUUGUGGCUGAAGAAUGUCACGUACCUGCGAGCAUCUAACUGCACACUUGGCUUGUGGAGGGAGUUAUGCUGCACGUUCGGCCUGAAUUAGCCACAAAAAGUUUUGUUCUGGAUACGUUAUUUCAGAGCAGAGUGGCAAAAAGUGAAUGUAGUUUCAAGCGGAGCAGCUGUUUGAUUUAAAGCAGCGUGCUUCAUAUUUCGCAGAUUGGUCUUCCAAAAAGUUUUAGAAAAGACCGGUGUUCCAAAUCACUUUAGCAGUCCGACUGAAAAUCUGAGUCAUUCAGGAGAGUGGUUUUGUGCA